UUGAACGUUCUUUUCUUGUCACUCAUUCUUCAUGGGUUGUUGAUAGACCCAUUCACCCUGGCCAUACUUUAUGUGCCGUCAGAUGUUUUGUUCAUUUCUGUUUCUUAGCUGGGCUAGUAUUAUUAUUUAAAAGGCUGAGUAUAGGAAACGCCUUAUACGCCUAGGUAGUCGGAUAUGCCUGUUUUAUACCUUCAUUUUUAGAAAUUCCCCCCCUCCCACCCCCCCAAAGAAACACUAAGUCGCUGAUGAGGCCGUUUUUUCAAAAUGAAGCAUUCUUCUCUCUUUAAGGUCAUGGUCGCCACGUUCAUCGUAACAGCCGAGGCUCAUACUACAUUCACUACCCUCUUUGUCAACGAUGUCUCUCAAGGGGAUGGAACUUGCGUGCGGAUGAGCAUGAAUCCCCAGACAUGUUCAUAUCCUGUAGCUAGCAUAGACAGCGAUGAUAUGGCUUGCGGUGCCAGUGGUAACCAACCUGUGGCCUUCACCUGUCCGACACCAACGGGUGCAAAACUUAGUUUUGAGUGGCGGGAAUGGGCCGAUGCUGAGCAGCCAGGCGCCUUGGAUAUUUCACACAAGGGGCCUUGUGCUGUAUACGCCAAACAAGUCCACAACAUGACAACGGAUUCUGCAGCUGGCCCGGGUUGGAUCAAACUUUGGGAUGAAGGAUACGAUGAUUCUAGCGGAAAGUGGUGCACGGAAAAGCUGAUCGACAAUAAUGGCAUGAUGUCCAUCGACCUCCCAGAAUUUCUCUCUAAUGGGUACUGGCUCAUCCGACCUGAACUGUUGGCCCUUCAUCAAGCCGACAAAGGCGAUCCGCAGUUCUAUACAGGGUGUGCUCAGGUUUAUAUCCAGAAUAGCGAUACCGCAACUCUUAACGUCCCGGCUGAGUACAGCGUCAGUAUUCCAGGCUACGUCCAGUCCACUGACCCGGGACUUACAUUCAACAUUUACUCGCCGAAGUUUCCUUAUCCAAUGCCCGGACCGAAGGUUUACCAACCUACAAAAUGCACAAGUAAAGCCGUGCUUACUUCGGCCUCAUCCAGGGCCCUGAAGCAAAGCAAGGGGGUGAUCCCUUCCAACUAUCUUAUCAAGAACGCGAACUGGGUUGGCGUGGAGGUGCCUGAUUAUUCAACCGAGGACGGCUGCUGGAAGUCGUCCGAGGCAUGUUUCAGCCAGGCGAAGGAGUGUUAUGAUUCGGCGCCGCCGACUGGUUCGGCCAACUGUCACGUUUGGGAAGAUAAGUGCGACGGAAUCAGCGCUGCUUGUAACGCGGGAAAUUUCAACGGACCCCCGAAUAAAGGGCAGAAACUUCAAAGUAAGACCCCGACGCCGCCGUUUAAGAUCCCGGAAGCUGUCAAUUCUCGUCGCUCUAUGAAAUUGCGGGUACGGCGUGCUAAGGCAUUGGCUAUGAAGCUCUUCUGAAUUGUUAUGGGGAAGGUUCGCGCUUUUAUAACUAAGAGGUUAGUUGUGGGUGGUAGGUAGUUGGUACGCAUUAGCAAAGUGAAAUAGACAACAUGUCAAGAUGAUCAACCAAAGUUCGUUUGCAUAUGCUGUGUUAGGUAUUAGGUGGCCCGGACUAUUCAUAUGGUGGUAUUUGCUUCUUAUUCGCGCUUCCACGUGGACCCCGAUAUCUCCACAUCCCAAAGACACCUUAGGUGGUUUCCCCGGGUUUGCUGUUAUGUAAAUGUUCUAGGCUCUACAAAGGUGAGGGUAUAGAUAAGACGGCUGUCGGUUUGUCGCGUUGGCGUUACGCCAAUCCAAUCAUUUCAGCUUAUGAUGUCGUUAUGUAUCAGCUAAAGGCGAGGUAUUAGGUAUACGAGGUGAUCAGAGGCGGUAUGGAAGCACGUUAUAUGGCGGAUUGAUUGUGUGCUAGGUAACACUUGUGAUUCUGAGCUAAGUUAUGAUAUUGUCAUGAAAGGAUUGAAAAGACAAUUCAAAGUGAUA